AUGACUUCAGUACCGAUUCGCAACUCUCCAAAUGGUGAGAAUGGCGUCAAGCCGGAGGGGAAGAAGCAGAUCUUGCUGAACGCCUUUGACAUGUCCACCGUUGGACACUUGUCUCCUGGACAAUGGAAGAACCCUGAUGACAAGUCCGCGACCAAGCGCGAUCUCAACUACUGGAUCGACCUAGCGAAGCUGUUGGAGCGGGGCGGCAUCAACGCCCUGUUCCUGGCCGACACAUACGGUGGUUAUGACACAUACGAGGGCAGUCUCGACAACUGCAUUCGUCGAGCUGCGCAAUGGCCGAUGACGGAUCCCACAAUCCCCAUCAGCGCCAUGGCCGCGGUCACAAAGAACCUCUCGUUUGCCAUCACGGCAUCCACCUCCUUCGAGCCGCCGUUCUUGCUCGCAAAGCGCUUCUCGACGCUAGAUCACUUCACAAGAGGCCGCAUUGGCUGGAACAUCGUGACGUCUUGGAAGAAGGCGGCCUUCAAGGCCAUUGGGUUGGACAGUCCGAUUCCCCACGAUGAGCGAUAUGCACAGGCGGACGAGUACCUGAGAGUGCUCUACAAGCUCUGGGAGGGCUCAUGGGCAGACGACGCCAUCACCCCCGACCCCGGGAACGACAGCUACGCGGACCCGGACAAGAUCCGGACGAUCCACCACCACGGAAAGUUCUUCGACCUCGACACCCGCCACAUUGUCGACCCCUCACCCCAGAGAACGCCCUUCCUCUUCCAAGCCGGCACGUCAGCCGCCGGGUCCGAGUUCGCCGCAACCCACGCCGAGGGCAUCUUCGUCUCGUCCCACUCGCCGCAGCUCCUGCGGCCCAAGAUCCGGCAGAUCCGGGACAAGGCGGCGGCACUCGGCCGCGACCCGCAGUCCCUCAAAUUCUUCGCCACCUUCACCCCGAUCGUCGGCCGCACCGACGAGGAGGCCCGGGCCAAGCACGAGGAGCUGAAGAAGUACGCCUCCGUCAUCGGCGGACUCGUCCUCGUCAGCGGCUGGACGGGCAUCGACCUGUCCAAGAUCCCCGUCGACCAGGAGGUCACCGCGGCCGACUCGCUCGAGGCGCACAAGGUGCGCAGCAUCCUUGACUCCUUCACCACGACGAGCGAGCACGUGCCCAAGUGGACGCCCCGCGUCAUCGCUGAGCGAGCCGCCAUUGGGGGCCUCGGGCCCGUAUCUGUGGGGAGCCCUGAGACGGUGGCCGACGACCUGGAGUACUGGAUCCGGGAGGGCGAUCUGGACGGUUUUAACCUGGGCUACGUGACCACGCCGGGCACCUUUGAAGACGUCGUCGAGCUCCUCAUCCCCGAGCUUCGACGUCGCGGCAUCUAUCCAGAGGCCCCCGCGGAGGAUGUGCAGUUGACAGCGAGAGAAAAGGUCUACGGCGAAGGUCAGAGGGGGUUGAGGGCUGAUCACCCAGGCUCUACAUAUAAGUAUGACGUCUACAAGGAGGACGCCAAAGGAGAAGAAGGGGCGUAG